CCUCAACUUCCGCUCUCUGUCCGAGCAAAAACAAGUGCGAAAACAAGUCAUUUAAUUCGGAUUAUUUCAAUAGUUGUUUAGUAUAUUGAUAUAACUUUGGUAGAUUUAAAUUGAAAUACGUACUAGGAAACGAUAGGCCAAUUUGGGAAGGGACAAAACAUCAGAAAGAACGAAACAGACUCGGUCUGUUGCAGAAAAUCACUGCAGAUCCCUAAAGAACAAUUUUUGGAAGCUUCGCCAUGCAGUUGAUGUUGACUUUUGCUGUGUUGCUCUCUGUGCCAAAUGUUAUCAGUGGUACGUUUUUACAAAAAUGUAAGGAGACGAUUACGAUCAACAAUGCAUAUAAUGAAAUUCACCUGAGUGGUAAUGGUGGUGAUCACUACAAAGAUGGUGAGAAGAUCAAGUGUGAUGUCUGGUUUGUCUCUGGAGUCCCUAAUACUACAAUCUCUGUCAAGUUUCCAUCCUAUGAUAUUGCUAUUGAUGGAAACACUCAGUCAGACUGGCCGUCAUCUGCACUAUCAGUAGGCAUACCAGGUGCUCCACAUGCAAGAGGUGGUGAUGGCAUCGUAGUUUAUGACAUGGUGGCAAAGAAAUACAUGUUGGGGGAUAGUGAAACGAGAUGGGCUGGCACAAAAGGAACAAGAUGGGACUUUGCAGGUAGUGAUGUACAACAGAAGGAGUAUCAAUACUACAACUUGUACCUGGGAAAGAUGAAAGAUGUGGAGACAGUAAAGAAGUUUACAAAACCAGCCAAAGUGUAUGUGAGCUAUAAAGGUGAACCAAGGAAAGAUAGUUUUACUAUGGAGAUUGGGUUAGUUGGACUUCCAACAACAACACCACCUCCUACUACUACAACAACUACAAUAUCUACAACACCAUUACCAACAACAACAAGAAAAACAACAACUGUAAAAAUCAUUGACUUAGCUGGUCACGUUGGAAAGAAAGAACCAGAUGAUGACUCCAAUGGUGAACAUCAUACAGAUGAUGACACCAAUGGUGAUGAUGAUCCUGCAGGCUUUUUCCCUUAUGCCAUUGCUGCCAUUGUUGUUGUUGUCGUGGCUGUUCUUGGAAUUGGAUUGAGGUGUUACAUUAUUCGAAGACGAGCUGGGAGAAUGCUUGGAUUCAGGAGGUCAGACCAGGCUGGUCUUCUCACAUAAGCUCCAUAUGGUGAUGUGACUCUAGGCAAAAUAUCAACUCUGCGUAAAUGACUAUGGAUUCAUGAUGCACAAUUAAGUAAUGCUAACUUUGAUGUACAACAGGGUCACUUAUGUGCUACGAAAGAAUUGUAUAUUCUAAUGCAUUGAACAGUUUACCAGUGUAUAUAUGAGCAGACAUAAUUUAACACAGUGACAGCAUAGGAGGUUGAAAUCAAAAAAUUACAAGCUGCUUAAAAAUAUAAAUGCAAUUAAAUCAAAGGACUCGGAGAAAUGAAGAGGUGAGUCGAGGUGCUGUAGCGAAAGAACCACUAUAGGUUAUAGGCAUGGACCUUUAUGACUUUUUCUACAGUUUACAGAAUCUUGAGUUAACUACAGAAAAGUGAUUACAAAUCACAUUUCUAGAUGUAUAUAAUUGGUCAAGUAAGUUUAAUAAUGACACUGCAUACUGUACUUCUACUUAAUUUG